CGGCGCGCCUGCGCGGUGGGCGCUGGCGGUGCGGCGCGGCGGGCCGGAGGCGGCAGGCAGCGAUGGAGCCGGGAUACGGCGGUUAUGGCACCUGGAACGCUGGAGCCGCCAACGCUCAAGGUACCUACGCGACGAACGCGACGAGUUGGCAAGCAGGCUAUGAAGGCUACGACUACUACAACACCCAAACCACCGCCGCCAACACGGCAGCCUCCUACAAUUAUGCUGCUGCCAGCUCCAGCAGCUGGGACGCCCCCAAGACAUCAGAGCUGAGCCUCAAUGCCGACGUGGGCAGUGCCAUGGCCGUGCCCUCCUACGGCACCGAGGCGGCAGCCAACGAGAACUCUGACUCCAUCAUCGCCAAGAUCAACCAGCGCCUGGACAUGCUGUCCAAGGAGGGCAGCGGCGGCGCCGGCGAGGGCAUGGAUGACCAAGAGAGCUCCUUCCGCUUCGAAUCCUUCGACUCCUACGACUCCAGGUCCUCCCUGGGCGACCGCGACCUGUACCGCUCAGGCUACGACUACGGCGAGGGCGGCUCGGAGCGCUCCGACUCCUUCGGCCAGUUCGACUCCCGCCGCGACCAGGCCCGGCCGCGCGCCGCCAGCUACGGCCUGCUCCGCGCCCGCGCCCAGAGCCGCCUGCAGCCCCGCGGCCGCCUCAACACCGCCUUCAGCCGCCCGGAGCCCUUCAUGGCCUCCUCCAACUCCGAGCGGCUCUCGACACGCUGGAACGACCUGAACUACAUGGGGGGAGGGCGCGGGAUGGGGAGCGCCGGCUCCGGCCGCCUGCCCUCUCUCUUCUCCCAAGCCCUGGUUCCUGACUACGGCGACUACGGAGACUACGGCGACUACGGCGACUAUGGGGACUACGGCGACUACGGAGACUAUGGAGACUACGGCGACUACGGAGACUACGGCAUGAUGGGGAUGUCGGGCAUGGGCAUGGGGCGCUACGGGAACAUGCCCUUCGGCAUGGGCAGGCAACGCAACAGGGACAGGAUGGGCACCGCGCCCUGGCAGAUGAACACCAUGGCGCCCAAGAGAAGAGGCUUCCGGAACCGCUCCGGUGGCCGCGCGGAGGCCGAGGGCGGAGGCCGCAAGCGGAAGCAGUCGCAGAGCGGUGAUGAACCUGAGAGCAAACAGGCCAAGAGUGACAGCGAGGGGGAGGACACCGAGAAUGCAGAUGAUGGUGAAGGAGAGGACAAGUCUGGAGAUGAAGCUGACAAAGCCUCUGGAGAUGGCUGUGAGGAUGAUGAUGAGGAGAUGAAGAAGAAGAGGGAGAAGCAGCGGAGAAGAGAUCGGAUGCGCGACCGUGCCAUGGACAGGAUCCAGUUUGCCUGCUCCGUCUGCAAGUUCCGCAGCUUCGAGGAGGAGGAGAUCCAGAAGCACCUCCAGAGCAAGUUCCACAAGGAGACCUUGCGCUACAUUGGCACCAAGCUGCCCGACAAGACCGUGGAGUUCCUGCAGGAGUACAUCGUCAACAGGAACAAGAAGAUCGAGAAGCGGCGCCAGGAGCUGACGGAGAAGGAGGGCACCAAGCAGAAACCAGACCCCUUCAAGGGCAUUGGGCAGGAGCACUUCUUCAAGAAGAUCGAGGCUGCUCACUGCAUGGCCUGUGACAUGCUGAUCCCUGCCCAGAGCCACCUGCUCCAGAGGCACCUCCGCUCCGCCGACCACAACCGCAACCGCAGGAUGGCUGCAGAGCAGUUCAAGAAGACCAGCCUGCACGUGGCCAAGAGUGUCCUCAACAACAAACACAUCGUGAAGAUGCUGGAGAAAUACCUCAAGAGGCCCUCCCGGGCGCGCGGGGAUCCGUGCGGCGGCCAAGCCGGAAGCAUCGGGACCUAGCCAGAGGAGCUCCCCAAGUUCUCCAAAGCCACCCGUGGAGGUGUGGCCUUUGGAAAGGUGUUGGGGGACACCCGCCAGGAUCUCCCCCUCCCCCCCUCCCCCCUCAAGAAGUGCAGGGGGAAGCAGCACCUUGGGUCGGGAAGUCACCGCUUGAAUCCCAACGGGAUCGGAUCCGCCGGGAGCGGCUCUGGGAGGGAGGAAUUUUGUCCCCGUGGAGCUCUGUGGAGCUCGACCAAGAGGUGGUUGCAUCCCAUUCCCAAAUCCUCCUUAGUCCCUGCACCCCUUUUCCCUCCUCAUCCCUUGGGAAGUGGCAGAGACCACCCCGGCCGAUCGACGGAGCAAGCAGGAGAGGUGAGGGUAGGGUUGGUUUUAAUCCCAAAGCAGCCUUUGGAAGGCCAGGAAGAAGCCUUGGAACUGCAGAGGAUUGGGUGGGAUCCGUGCGGGAUCCGUCCGGGGUUGUCCGCGCGGUUCCGGAGGCGGCAUCCGAGGGAAGGUCUCAAACCUCCCUCUGCCGAGCGAAGAGGAGAGAGCAAAAAACACCCUGAAGCUCUUUGGCUCUGGGAAUCCAGGAAUGGUCCCAGGAUCCAGCAGGAGAAGUCCUUGGUUGCCCAUCCCAGCAGACACAAGGGCAGGCAGAUGCCUUCACCCUUCCCACGCGGCGGGGAGCAGAGUUUUGUCCCCUCCUCCCUUUUUUGUCCCACCAACGUCACCUGCUUUAGGCUUUCGUUUUUGCCUGCCCAAGCUGUGCCAAAAAUCUGAGCCAAAUCAGUCAAAAACCCAAACAAAACCCCAGCCAAAGCACAAAUCCUGGGAUUCCACCCCUGGUGGGGGCCAGAGAACUUUGGAGCCGGGAGCCUCAUCCCUCCACCCGGCCUCUCAUACACGUUGAGCAAGAGGGGUGAACCCCCUGCGGUACCCCACGGGGAGAGCAGCGAGGUGCAAACCUCCAGCAGCUCUUUACUAAAAGCAAAACCAUCAAAACUUCUAAAUCCCCUAAAAAAAAAACCAAAACCAAAACCAAACCAAAACCAACCUAAAAUAACCCCAAAAACAAACAAACAAACCCAACCCCCCAGGCUGGGAACCACUCAAGUGCAACUCCAUCUACCCC